GAUAUAUUACAAUCUAUCUGCAGAACCGAGUCAGUAGAGACAGAGGCCUCAGGAGUUUUGCGUAUAUCGUGUUCCGAAGCUUCGAUCUUUGCCAGGGAUCUUACACUGGCGCGCGGAACUGCUAAGAACCCAAGAUCGACUCCUCCCUCGACAGAGGAUGCAAAAGCGCACUCGACAGUGAUGGAUGGGACACAGAGUUCGAACAGGGUAGUGAGGGUUUCCUCUGCAGAAUCGACAGCCCGUUCUGACGCGGAUGCCAAGAUAAGCCGUGUGAAACCCCUGUCUUGGGGAACCGUGAGGGCCGAACUGAACGAACGAGAGGGGUCCGGAAGGUCUCAGACUGCAAGCCAUGCGUCUUCGAAUGGCCAAAAGGUCGGGAGACGCGGUGAAUCCAAUGACCCAUUAUCGGCCUCAAAUGGGGGAAGUAACCACCGGCCGGCUAAGCGACCUCGAACAGCGGAGACUGCAGCGGCACAACCUUCCAUUCGAGACCACUUCCAGGCGACCUCGAAAGACCGUAUACAACUUGCUGAGGCACCAUCAGAAACCACCAACGCCACCUUGAAGGAAAUUUCGAUCCCUCGAUAUUUCUACUUGGACAGGAGUACUACGAGUGCUAAGUUUUUGAGGGAUACCCGACGGCGAACGAGAUACGAAACAGAGAUUGCAUGGCGGGACCAGCAUCAUAUCUUGACACUCUGCACGGAUAUGUCCUCAGAAGAGCAAAUACACGUUUACAACAUGCAACACCAAUAUCCACGGGCCUCCAUUCCAUUAUUACAGUCGCAUUUAGUUUUGUGCAUUCGAGCGGGAAACGCUCAACUAGCGAGGCGAACGGCGUAUGAGUUCAUGAAUGUGGAUGCGGCGGCAUUCUUCCAGUCCCUCUCAGCUAUUAUUUUGGCAGAGGCUGUGCCAAAUUCUCAAUAUCCUGUCAUUGUAUGGCUUCUUUGCGCAACAAAGAAAGGGUUCCGCGUACCAUAUAAGAUGCAGGAAUGGGUGAUAGGGCUUGUCGGCGCCCUUGCGAACGCCUACUUUCGUGACGAUACACAAACCGCAUCACCACCAUCGCAAAGCGUCACAUUGGUGUCCACGGCUAUUGCACGACUACCGAACAGCAAACGCGAUUUGAUAUACUCCUUACAACUCUGUCGGCAGUUCCAACCGCUUUCCGCUCACCGAGACAUGAUAGACAUCUUGACCGAACGCUGGCUCCAUCGCAUGCACACGGAUCCGCUGGACAGCGCCUACUCUCGGGCACAGUAUGCCGUAUCCAACAUGGCGCUCGACAAUCUUCAUCUCGGUGUCGAGACCUGGGACGUCACGGCUGUUUUGCCCCACUGCUCCUCGAUUGUGGAUCUGUUACGGCUUCAUCUGACUGCGAAGGAUCAAGCGAGGUGGAAGGAUGAUCAGGUGCUCAAGGAAGCCAUCAUUGCUGGGUGUGCAGUGAACAAGAGGCCACCCAUUAGUUCGUUACGGGCAGGCGCCCCUAAGAAGGAAGUCAAACUGUCAGAGGAAGCCGAAGCAGUUAGAAAUAAGUAUAGGAAGGAGAUAGCCCGAUUGCAAGCCCGCAUUUUGAAGGAGCUCUUGAAGAAACCGGAACCCGAAUUGGCUUAGCAAUGGAAUGGCCUCCCUUCGUACAGUAGUCUGAUGCACGAUCUGGUACAAUAGUAGCCAUAUGCAUUAUAUAGUCACAAACUGUCGGGUCGCCGCUGACGAAGGAGACGGAGGAGGCCGGCCAGAAGCGACGUUUGAUUUUCGAUUACAUACGCAAUGGCUUCCCAUGUUGCGAGUUUUGCGUUGACUUCCUCUCAAACGACCUGUUAAAUCUUGAAAAAGCAGACAAGGUGUCUAAAGGAAGUCUAUAGAUAGA